CCCGAACCGACCCGGCCUGUCCCUGCGCUGCCCGAGCCCCGCGGGGCGCUCCGUCCCAGACCCAGGCUGGGCAGCGGGGCUGGCAUCGCUGGGGAAGCCGUGGGCGACCGGGAGCCCUGCGGGCCGGGGCGGACAGCGCGGGCAUUGGGCACAGGGACACCUGCGGGCACAGCCUCAGAGGACCCCCCUCUCGUGGACAUGGAGCUAUGACUUUGGAGGUGAUCCAUGAGAGAAGAGAUGCAGGACUUUGGUCCUCCCGAUGGGGGUCCCCUCCAAGGACUUGUAGCUUCCCGCAUUGAGACUUACGGGGGCCGGUCUCAGGCCUCCCCCCAGAGCACUGCUGGCAGUUUCUACCCCCAAGGAGGCCCCCUGCUGGAACCCAGCCGCCGCCGCCUACAGAACAAUGUCCCCUUUGCCAAGGGUUCUGGCCAGGCCCGAGGCCUGCCUCCCAUCAGAUUGCGAGAACUAGAGCCUGAGAAGAGACAUGGGGGCCAUUAUGGGGCUGUCCCACCUCACUCUCCCAAAUUCAAGGACGUCAGCAAGGCCCGAGCGCUGGAGGUGCGGCUGCAUACAUUCAGCAUGUUCGGGAUGCCUCGCCUGCCCCCUGAGGACCGCCACCACUGGGAAAUAGGAGAGGGCGGCGACAGGGGCAUGGUCAUCGAGAAGUCCUGGAAGGAGCUUGUACCUGAGCACAAGGAGAUGAACCAGGAGCUCUGCCACCAACAGGAAGCACUAUGGGAGCUACUGACCACAGAGCUGAACUACGUGCAAAAGCUCAAGAUCAUGACCAGUCUCCUAGCUGCCGGUUUGCUGAACUUGCAGCGUGUGGGGCUGCUGACUGAAAUAUCAGCUGAGACCCUGUUUGGAAAUAUCCCCAGCCUGAUUCGGGUGCACCGGAGCUUCUGGGAGGAGGUGCUGGGGCCCAGCCUGGAGAAGACCCGUGCCUCAGGCCAGCCUCUGGACCCUGUCAGCCUGAAGAACGGCUUCUUGACGUUCAGCGAGCGGUUCCAGCCCUAUGUCCAGUACUGCCUGCAAGUGAAGCAGACCAUGGCUUACGCCCGGGAGCAGCAAGACACCAACCCUCUCUUCCAGGCCUUUGUGCAGUGGUGUGAGAAGCACAAGCCUUCAGGGAGGCAGCAUCUGGGGGACUUGCUCAUCAAGCCCCACCAGCGCAUCACCAAGUACCCACUGCUGCUCCAGGCUGUGCUCAAGCGGAGCCCAGAGGCACAAGCCCGAGAGGCUCUGAACGCCAUGAUCGCAGCUGUGGAGUCAUUCCUGCGGUACCUCAAUAAACAGGUCCGCCAGGAUGAAGAGCAGGAGAGCUUGGUGGCUGCCGCCCAACGCAUUGGGCCCUAUGAGGUGCUGGAGUCAUCCAGUGAUGAGGUGGAGAAGAACCUGCGUCCAUUCUGCACCCUAGACCUGAUGUCCCCCAUGCUGGGCAUCGCUCCUGAGCACACCAGGCAGCUGCUGCAGGAGGGUCCUGCGCGCAUGAAGGAGGGGCGAGAAGGGAAGCUCGAUGUGUACCUGUUCCUCUUCUCCGACAUGCUCCUGGUGACCAAGCCCCAGCGCAAAGCAGACAAAGCCAAGGUUAUCCGCCCCCCACUCUCGCUGGAGAAGCUUGUGUGCCGACCACUCCGAGACCCUCACAGCUUCCUGAUAAUCCACCUCACUGAAUUCCAGUGUGUUUCCAGUGCCCUCACUGUGCACUGCCCCAGUGCUGCAGACCGUGUCCAGUGGCUGGAGAAGACCCAGCAGGCCCAGGUUCCAGGGGUUUGGACCUAGACGUAUCUUUCUGGGGCCACUGUUCAACCCCCUACACGAGCAGAAUGGCCAAAUAGUGAAGAUUUGAGUUGGACUGUUAAGGAUGAGGAAGACCAUGAGCAGAAGAAUCAAGGGAGCAAUUGGGCUGGAUUUCUUCUGGGGACAGUGACCAUGUCUGUCUGAGUCUGGAACAAAGGGUUUGUGUGAGCAAGUGAUGGGUGGCCAGGCUCUACAGGACCUAAGAGCUACAGAAAAGUGUGUUCUGGAUGAUACUGAAUUGAAAUGAAUUGACAAGAGAGAGCCACCAUAGAUCUGAGCAAGGGAAUGCAGCUGUGAAACCAUUGUGUUUCGUCCUGAACUGUCAGGUGGCAGUGUGAUAGGUGGGAGGGAGAGACUGGUGGAUAGGAAAUUUACAAGUUUGGGUGUGAAACAUCGAGAUUUACUGCCAUGGCCUUAGGGACAUGUUGCGAAACAGAAAUAAAGGGGAAGAAGAAAGAUGCUAAAGAAGGAAGAAACAGGUGAGCCUUUGGGAGACUGUGGUUAAAAGCCUGUAGUUAUUGCAUGCAAAUCAAAAUUCAGACCCCAGUUCUACUUCUUGGUAGCUGGGGAAGCUUGGGUGAGUUAUGUGGCCUUUCCAUUUCUUCACUUACAAAAUGGAUAUAAAUAAUAACUUGCCUUGUAGGGGAGAUUUAAAGAAAUCAUUCAGAUUAAGGAGGCAGCAUGGUGCUCAGCUGGGUAACUCAGGUCCUCAAGGACCAAGGAUGGUUAACUUCCCAAGGUUCCUGUUUGAAAGGCUGCUUGGGCAAUGGUACCUUUGACCAAAAUGAAAUCAUUACAAAGGCAAACUGUGUUAGUUGUUGCUUCUGGGGAGAGGUAGGGCUAGGGCAGUAAAAUUUAGUUUUAAACUGAAACAUUUUGGAAAUGAGGUAUUGGGAGACAACCCAGUAGAGACACCUCAGGGCUUUUGGAAAUACGGAAACACACCUGGAGUUCAGCUGGGACUAAGGAGGAGCUAAGUCGCUAAGAGAGUAGAUCUUAAAGUUCUUAGCACAAGAAAAAAGAAUUUUUGUAACAAUGUUUGGUGAUGGACAUUCACGAGACCUACUGUGAUAAUUUCAAAUAUAUAUAAAUUUCAAAUCA